GGGCUGGCCAACGGCGCGCGCGGGGAGGACUACUGGGGACACGUCUUCUGGGACCAGGAGACCUGGAUAUUCCCAAACAUCCUGCUGUUCUAUCCCGAGGCUGCCCGAGCCAUGCUGGAAUACCGGAUCCGCAUGCUGGAAGGAGCCCUGCACAACGCGCGGGAGCAAGGCUACGAGGGCGCUAAGUUCCCAUGGGAGAGCGCAGCCACUGGCCGGGAAGUCUGCCCCGAGGAGAUCUACGGAGCCCAGGAAAUCCACGUCACCGGGGACGUGCUGGUGGCCUUUGAGCAGUACUAUCACACCACGCAGGACCAGAAGCUGUUCAGGGAGGCUGGGGGCUGGAGGCUGGUGUGUGCUGUGGCUCAGUACUGGUGCAGCAGGAUGGUGUGGAGCGAGGAGGAGCAGUGCUACCACAUCAGAGGUGUCAUGCCCCCCGAUGAGCACCAUUCCCAUGUUGACAACUCUGCCUACACCAACGCUGUGGCCCAGCGGAGCUUGACUUUUGCAGCCGAUCUGGCUCGAGACUUGUUGAUCCCAGUGCCCGAGCAGUGGCUGCGCCGCGCCAAGAACAUCAAAGUGCCCUUUGAUGCGGAGAAGAAAUAUCAUCCCGAGUACGACGGCUACAGCCCGGGCGAGCCAGUGAAACAAGCUGACGUGGUCUUGCUCGGCUUCCCACUGAUGCACCCCAUGAGCCCUGAAGUCCGGAGAAAUGACCUGGAGAUGUAUGAACCCGUCACGGAGCUGGAUGGACCAGCCAUGACCUGGAGCAUGUUUGCCGUGGGCUGGCUGGAGCUGAAGGAGGCGCAGAGAGCCCAGACCCUCCUGAACCAGUGUUUCAGCAACAUCACGGAGCCCUUCAAGAUCUGGGUGGAGAACUCGGAUGGGUCAGGAGCUGUGAACUUCUUGACAGGGAUGGGUGGAUUCUUGCAAGCUAUCCUUUUCGGCUACACAGGCUUCAGGAUCACGAGGUCCAGCCUCCGCUUCAACCCGGCCUUUCCUGAUGACAUCCACAAACUGAAUGUCACCGGUGUCUCCUACUUGGGCAACAAACUGAAGUUCACCAUCACCAGAGAAGAGAUGGGGAUCGAAGUGAUCGAGUGUCCCCAGGACCCUCUGGCAUCACCCCUGGAAGCGGUGCUGGAGUCGGGGCAGCGGCUGCCCCUGUGCGAAGGGCAGAGGGUGUCGUUCCCCGCAGCUGCUGGCUGGAUCCAGAGAUCAUCCACGGGGACCUCUUGA